AUGUCGACAACCCACAGCUGCUUAUACAUUAAUAAGGAUUCCCUCUCAUGCUUUGAUGCAACAUCAUCCUACGGCAAGGAGCCCUCUUUGGAUGAACUCUACCAAUACGACCUGAUGGCAUUCAAUAGCCUCUCCUAUGAUGAUCGUCGUGAACGCAGGGGAGAGUCGUUUGGAUAUUGUACCUUACGUUCUCCACCACCAUCACCCAAAAAGCAUGCUGAACCACCCAUUCCCACUUGUAUCUCACUCUUUCUCAAUGAACAUCAGCAACCAAAACUUGAUAAAGUCGAUGAGCCAAAACGAUCCAGCAAGGUGACUACUUGGUGGUCUCGUACUGUAUCAUGCAAAUGGAAAAAGCCGUUUGGUGGUGGUAAAUCAAGAAAGCAACAACAACAACAACCUUUGCGGCUGGCAGAACAUACACCGGUUUGGUUUACACACUUUUCUUCCAAUCCAUCUCUUACUACAAAGAUGCGAUAA